AUGGUAAAUAGCGAACGAGGCGCGUUGAUCACUUCUAAUUCGAGUGGAAUAAAGCCAAGGAAAGUGAGCGAGACAGAUAUUUUUCGUGUAAUCACCUCUAUAGUCUUCUACAUUCUGAAAAAAUGCGACGAACAGCAAAAGGUUUACCGGUACGUGAAGAUCCGAAGUAGUGGGGUUGCUGAAAAUUAUGCGCCUUGUUCAAGCCAAAUGAAGCAAGAGUUUACUUAUCCACGUGGUCGCCACCACGUCAAGACUACAGAAUCGAGUUUACUGAAGUAUGAAAGGGGAAGACCCAAUUUGUUUGUUUUUCAGGCGAUAAUAUCAGGGACUGUUGUGGCAGUUUUCCUGUCUUCUUACUUCAAGUACCGGUAUAGCCCUCAGUAUUAUUACCUCCAUGCCAUAUUAGGGGACAGUUUGUGUUGGUCACGCGGCGCAGCCUCGGUUCUACACGUCAGUUGUUGCCUGGUACUGCUCCCUAUGUGUCGAAAUGUGUUAGCGCUGAUCAGGAACUCUAACAAGGUUGUUAACGGUGUAUUUGGACGCCUAAUGGACAGAAAUAUCUGGUUUCACAAGGCAUGUGCACUUGUGAUCAUUAUUUCAGCAGGUACGUUAUGUGAUGGCCAUUUUAUCCCCCAUUUCUGGACCCAGUUUAAUUACAGACUUCUCCAACGAUAUCAGAAGCUCUUCUACAUUCUGAAAAAAUGCGACGAACAGCAAAAGGUUUACCGGUACGUGAAGAUCCGAAGUAGUGGGGUUGCUGAAAAUUAUGCGCCUUGUUCAAGCCAAAUGAAGCAAGAGUUUACUUAUCCACGUGGUCGCCACCACGUCAAGACUACAGAAUCGAGUUUACUGAAGUAUGAAAGGAGAAGACCCAAUUUGUUUGUUUUUCAGGCGAUAAUAUCAGGGACUGUUGUGGCAGUUUUCCUGUCUUCUUACUUCAAGUACCGGUAUAGCCCUCAGUAUUAUUACCUCCAUGCCAUAUUAGGGGACAGUUUGUGUUGGUCACGCGGCGCAGCCUCGGUUCUACACGUCAGUUGUUGCCUGGUACUGCUCCCUAUGUGUCGAAAUGUGUUAGCGCUGAUCAGGAACUCUAACAAGGUUGUUAACGGUGUAUUUGGACGCCUAAUGGACAGAAAUAUCUGGUUUCACAAGGCAUGUGCACUUGUGAUCAUUAUUUCAGCAGUGAUUCACACCGGAGCGCAUUUAGUGAAUUUCAGGAGAUUUUCUACCAAUUACAGCAUGGACUUCAAGGAUUUGAAUUUUGCCUCGUAUCCUAAUCAGGGACCACUAGAACUGUUGUUUACCUCAGUUGUUGGACUGACAGGAAUGCUGAUGACGUUGCUUUUGCUUGCUAUGAUAAUAACAUCUACAGCUGCUGUGAGACGUACCUCAUAUGAGACGUUUUGGUAUACUCAUCAUCUGUUUAUCGUGUUCUUCUUACUUCUGUUUGUCCACGGUCUCGGUGGCAUAAUAAAACACCAAGUAAAUCUGGAUACACACUCGCCAGGAUGUAGGAAUGGAACCAACAGGCCAAAUAUCAGUCACGUGGAAUGGUGUUCACAGGAUCCACAGUUUGAAGCGGAUAAACCAAAGGCCUGGAUAUGGUGCAUUGGACCUCUUCUUAUUUACAUAACGGAGAGGCUAAUAAGGGCUUUUAGAAGUUUUCAAAGAGUAGAACUAAUUCAGGCGGUACAACAUGGCGAUGGAGUCGUGGAAGUUAAAAUGAAAAAGCCUAAUUUUACAGCCAAGCCCGGACAGUACGUGUUCAUCAGAUGUGCAGAUGUAUCAAGAUUCGAAUGGCAUCCGUUCACGCUGACACAGUGUCCGUCAUCAGAAGAUUCUUCUUUCUCCAUACAUUGUAAGAUUCUAGGAGAUUGGACGGAACAAAACCUCGGUGUGACCUCUUGUGUUUUAUUCCCCCAAACCUUGGAGCCAAGUGAGAUUUUUAAUAUCGUAAAAAAGACCUAUUCGCCGACACCAAUUUUUAUAACUGUUAUAUUAGUGUAUAGCGCUGGCCUGUUCUCUCUACCAAUUGAAAUGUUUACUUCUUUUUCGUAUGUAGAGAAAUUUGUUAACAGGCUCUUUCUUACCAAACUGGAAGAAAACAACAUAACUCUUGCCUGUGAGAAACAAAAUGAAGAAAACACUAGUUUUGUAAGACCCAGCCUCAAAAUUGCUGUUGAUGGACCUUAUGGAAGCCCAUGUAUGGAUAUUUGGAGAUACGAUGUCAGUCUUUGUAUAGCAACAGGAAUCGGUAUCACUCCAUUCGCCGCACUUAUCCAUGAACUCAGACACGAGAUAAAAGCAAGGAAAUGUUUAAAGCUACACAGAUUGUAUUUUGUGUUGGUUUGUAAACACCUAGACUCGUUUCAAUGGUUUGUGGACCUUAAACAAAACCUCGGUGUGACCUCUUGUGUUUUAUUCCCCCAAACCUUGGAGCCAAGUGAGAUUUUUAAUAUCGUAAAAAAGACCUAUUCGCCGACACCAAUUUUUAUAACUGUUAUAUUAGUGUAUAGCGCUGGCCUGUUCUCUCUACCAAUUGAAAUGUUUACUUCUUUUUCGUAUGUAGAGAAAUUUGUUAACAGGCUCUUUCUUACCAAACUGGAAGAAAACAACAUAACUCUUGCCUGUGAGAAACAAAAUGAAGAAAACACUAGUUUUGUAAGACCCAGCCUCAAAAUUGCUGUUGAUGGACCUUAUGGAAGCCCAUGUAUGGAUAUUUGGAGAUACGAUGUCACUCUUUGUAUAGCAACAGGAAUCGGUAUCACUCCAUUCGCCGCACUUAUCCAUGAACUCAGACACGAGAUAAAAGCAAGGAAAUGUUUAAAGCUACACAGAUUGUAUUUUGUGUUGGUUUGUAAACACCUAGACUCGUUUCAAUGGUUUGUGGACCUUUCACGCUCCGUUCACGCCGAGCUUUGGGAGAGCAAUCAACCAGAUUUCCUUAUAUGUAACUUUUACGUCACAGGACCACAGUCCGAAGAUCAGGUCAGCAUGAAGCAGCAUCCUGAAUGGCUCGCCAGCAGACUGCACCGACAUAGACCAUCAUGGAGAACGGUGUUUGACAGAGUAAGCCGCGAAAAUCCAAGGACCAAGGUUGGCGUGUUUUACUGUGGAAGUAGAAAAGUGACCUCAGUAUUGAAAAAUACCAGUCAGCGGUUUUAUCCAACUCGAACGAAAUUCAUCUUCAAUAAAGAAAUUUUAACUUAACUUGACAAAAUCAAGCAAACACGUUUUAUCUCUCGCCUCUAAAUGAAGCCUUAGGACAGGCUAAGCAAAUAAACAAACGUGUACAUGUAAUACGCAUCUGCAGACGUUUAAAACGUGGGAGAAUGAGUCUGAACGAAGGUCGCGUAAAAGCGUCGGAACAAACAUUACAUGAUAAGAAAGAAAAGAAAAAAUAAAGACUGAACACAAAUUAGGAACAUCAAGUAACUUAUUACCAGUAAACCUGGUAUUUAUGUUUGACCAUGCCACAUGAAAGAUCCGGCUAAGCAAUAGAUUCCUGUCUGCAAUAAGCGCCCUCUUGGACUACCAACAUUUCACUAAUCACCUCGCCUACAGGCACUAAAUCGAAUUUUUACUGUAGAGUUGCACGGCUGUUCCAAUGGUUCCGUUCUCAGUCCUUGUUUUUAAAAAUGCGUAACUCACUGAAUUGUAUAUGUUACUGCAGAAUGUGAUUGUGCUUCACAUUUUCUCUGCCAUUACCAGACAAAUCUCCUCUCACUGGCAUAUUUCCACACAUUUCCUAUACAUGUAUUACUAGUAGGAAUGUUAGCGCGUUAACGCUAAAUGUAAACAAUUUCCAUGUGGUAAUCAUUUCACUGCGUGCUUGAGCAACUACUUGGUGUUGUGACCAAACAUAUUCGUUUUUGGUCAUCAAAUACUCCGUUUGGGGCUUGAAGAAUAUUAAAUGUUAAUGCGGUUUACAUAAUUUGUUUACAACAUAGGAUUUACUUGUUUUGCUUCUUGCUGGCAUGAUGCUCCGUUGUUACAAGUGAUGUUCUUCCCCGUCACAGUUUUCCUCGCCUCCUGAAGACGAUCUUCUUUGAAUCAACAGAUAAUUUGAUCCACCGGCACUUGAAACAACCGAGAAUGAUUUUGUUAUUUCUCCUGGUAUUUUUCCCACCGAAGUGGGAUCCCUUUUCUUCGCGUUUUUCAUCUCCGUCGAAGUGCCAUUAGCUGGAUGCUUCUUAACAUUUUUCUUGACUUUUCUUUUCGGUCGAAUUCGUCUU